AUGGCAAUCCACGAUUCAAGAUGCCCCGUUAGCGGUAAUUCCGACGCCUCUGGUUCCUGUCCUGGCUCAAGAAGCUCCUCCAGGAUGGGACCUAGAGGUUGUGCCUUUUCAGGCUUCUCUCAAAAUGCACAACAAGUUCUCUAUGGUGCCCCCCAAGGCCCAAACGCAUCAGCCAUAAUAUACGAGCACGAAAGGCGCACAAUGGUCGACGUUCUCCUCCCCAGCGCACCCUCCAAAGACCAAACCCGCGGCCUAAAAAACGCCGACAUCCUCACCCCGUCCAACGAAGAUGUCCUCGCCGCUGCCCUCGGCGCACCCGCACGGCGUGUCCUACAGCGUGCGGAAUCCAUGGGUCCUCGGACAGGCUGGAGAGAUGGGUAUUUGACCAGCUCACAUGGAUUCUGCCCUCCUGACCCUUCGGCCUCUCCAAUUGCAUUGGCCUCCAGUCCGGGGCGUGUCUGGAGCGACUUGUGCGCUCGGAUGCCAGGGCUUGUGGGCCGUGGGAAAAUUAGAGAAGCUAUCCUUGAGCUUCCACUUAUAAGUGGCGGGCCUGAGGUUAUCCCGGAUCAGGCGCUGUGGGCGGCCACGGUAUGUCUGGGGAUAUUGGCAAGUGUUUAUCGUUAUGAAGAGAGGAACGAUGGACACGAGGGGAUUGUAGCUGGCGCACAUGCAUCGGCCUUUCUAAAUGCCACAGGAGAUGCAGAAGAUGAGGAGGAAGAGACGAAAGGAAUACCGCGGAAUGUAGCGAUUCCACUGCGAACUGUAUGUACGAGAAUGGGAAGGCCGCUGCCGCAUCUAACACAGUACGAUGUAUCGAUAUAUAAUUACAAGCUUAGAGAUCCGACAAGCGUCUAUCCAUAUGUGGAGCGAUUUGAGAAUAUGGAUUUGAGGUGGCCGGUAUUUCAGGAUUUAGCGGAGCGCGGAUUCCUGAUUUGUAUGGCUGCUAGUCAUGGAUGCUUUACUCCGGGAGUGGAGUUAAUAGCGAGGUGUCAAGAGAUGGUAAUGGAUAGGGAUAACGAAGGGCUAUUAAAGGAACUUGUAGCCUUGAAAGAAGUGGUCGAUCAGCUAGGAUACGUCUUCCAUCAAAUCAGCGUAAACCCCGGCUCCGGGGAGAACUUUUCCAAUCCAGUCGAGUGGGGCCAAAGAUAUGCCAAAUUCUCAGCGCCACUGUCAAAACGGGUGCCAGCUUUAUCAGGGCUAGCAUUGCCACUUUUCCAACUCAUGGAUGCCUUCCUGGGCCGCAAAAAAUAUGACUCUUUCCUUGGGCUGGAAGCAUUGCAUUUGAGGGCUUGGCUGCCGUUGAACAUUCGGGCGUUUAUCACAGCCGUGGAACAGUAUUAUUCAGUCCCUGAAUAUGUUAAAUCUAGUGGUGAUUCACGAUUGAUGGGUGUGAUGGAGGGGAUCGUCGAGUCUUAUGCUGGAGAACGAGGCUUUAUGGGAACACAUAGAUACAAGGUAUACGGGUUCCUGGAAGUAGUUGCAAAAACCGGGCGUACCGAAACCAACGGUGGAGCCGGCGCCGCAGACAACCAAGGCCGUCCCUGGGAGGAAGUCCACAAGACCCUUUCCGACUCGAUGAUUGAGCGUCUGCAGCCGUUCCGGGAGAACAUAUCGCGCAAGCCCCACGAAAUGCGCGGGUGUUUCGAGGAAUGCCGUUUCAAAGCCAAGAUCGCGCGCCGCUCAUUUAUCGAUAGUGAUCCUGACAGAAGUACAGCCAAGGUUACAGUCGAUCUCAUGCAGUCUGGGAUUACCUUUGGCCCUGGGGACCGUCUCGCGGUGAUGCCGCUGAAUGGGUGGAAGGAGGUUGUGAAGUUGGCGGAUGUGUUGAGCUUGAUAGAGAGGUUGGAAGAGGUCGUUGCGUUGGAGAGGUCUUCCGAAUGGAAGAGAUAUGCGCACCACGAGGCAGCGAUUUCGCGUGAUAAAUCUGCAGCGGUAUUGAGGAUAAAGGAUAUUCUGAGAAAGGGCCAUCUCUCCCCUCUUACGAAGGAAACGGUCAUGCAGGUUCACGUUCUUCUUCGAACAUCAUCAUCGACUGUCCUUAAAGUGCUUGCAUCCGAGACCUGGCCAGUCAGAGGGUCACUAGGUGACCUUUUAUCUGCUGCAUAUUCCGAAGUCACCCAAGAAGUGUGGGACAAAGCAUUCAACCCAGAAGACCUAUCAUGGCUAGUAAAACUUAUCCCCAUCGAGGUUCCCAGAACCUAUUCAAUCUCCAGCUUCUCUAAUGAGCUCCUCCCAUCCUCGUUGGAUCUGACAGUAUCACGCGUGGAGCAUGAUAUCUCACCCACCCUUGCCUCUAGUACUGGUAGAGAUGGAUCCUACUGGGGCGUAAGCAGCGGGUUCCUAAAUCCCCACCCCGAGGAAGAGAGAAUCAUCAACGAGAUUCCCGGAUUUGCAAAUCUCGAAGAUACAGUGCUCGUCGGCGUCUCUCGCCCGCUCAACUUCCAGCUUCCCAUUUCUCCCGCAGCCCCAGUGGCCAUGUUCGCUGGUGGAUCCGGAAUCGCGCCUUUCAGGAGCUUCUGGGCGAAACGUAUCUUAUCUGGGGCGGUUGGACGAAAUAUCCUAUUCCUCGGAGUCCAAUCUCGGAAGAAGUUGGUUUACGAGGAAGAGCUUCGUGACCACGUCCGGUACAACAACCUCGAGCUGCACACAGCGUUUUCACGGGACCGCAAGGGCCUCGUGUAUGACCCCUACCUCCGCGACUUGGUGGACAAAGACAUGGAGCCUCGGUAUCUUGAUCUAGCAAUUGUCGAGAACGGCAACACUGUCUGCGACGUUGUAAUGUCGACAAAGCUCGGUGGGCUGGGCGGAUACCUCUACAUAUGCGGGUCCGUUUCCGUCUACGAGACCGUCAUCUCUGGCAUCCGGAAAGCGCUCUACAGCAACCGCGCAGUGACCGCGAAAUCCGCAGACGACCUUCUGGCCACUGCGUUUGCGGAGCGCAGAUUCAUGCUGGAUAUAUUCAUGACGCCGAAAGACAUGUCGUUCAAGGACCCUGUGAUCUCCAUCUCGGAGCUCUCGCGGAACACGGGGCACCGAGAAGGCUCAAAGACCUGGAUUGGCGUCCAUGGUGCUGUGUAUGAUGUUACCGAUUUCCUGCCUAUCCAUCCUGGAGGGUCGCUCAUCGUUGCUGCCAGCGCCGGUUUGGACGCGACAAAGACCUUCGAUGAUCUGGCCCAUACGUCUAACCCAGAGGUUACAAGUCUGCUUUCGAAGUAUUUCAUCGGGUAUAUGGCGCCGAAGCCGCAAUUACAGUCUGCGGAACUAUCGUCGUUGUAUGACGGGUGGCAGGAGUACCUCCGCACCUGUGUGGAGAGCUUGACAACCCUCUCAUUUGAGGUCAAAUCCCUCAUGAAGGACGACCAUAUCUGGUUCUCCGGCGGCAUGCUGAACAUGGGAGGAGUGCGCAAAUUCUACCAGUUUCAAUCGCGCCUGAUGCAAAACGCAUUUAGCGACCUGUUUGGCACAAAAAUGCAGGAGUUGUACCUAAAGCUGACGUUCAACCUGAUGGCCCUUCAGAACAGUGGGUCGCGCUUUCCGGAUGUCAUGGGGAUUAUAUCCCGUGCGCAGUCGUCCCAGUCGGCUACUAAGGCGCAGAAGGAGAUUGCCCAGAUCGGAGAUAUGGUCUGUAAUAGUGGGGCAGCGCAGUCUCUUGAGCGGGGCCUGAUCAGAUAUGCCCAGUCUGUCACGGAGUUGGAUGUGAGGUUCCUGGAGCAGAUUCGGGAAGAGCUUUGCACAGGUAUGGAUGGGUUCGAUCUAGUGGCAUCCAUGAAGACCACGACCAAAGAGAAACAGCGGUUAUUCAAAGUCUCCGCCUUCCUGAUCUCCCUCCUCGAAAGAGUCGCCGAGCGCCUCGAAACCUUCUACGCCGAGAUCGCCCAACAAUCCGUCUACCACCCCAGCAUCGAAGAAAACCCCGCCCGCGCCCGCUGGCGCCUCAUCAAGCGGCGCAUCAGCGACGGCAGCUUCUUCCUCUUCGCGCAAGAAGUCACGCUCGAAGGCCAGCCCGUCGACGAGAUCAGUGAGCCCCUGUCGCCCUUCCAGCCGCUCCGCCAGGCGCGCAUGCGCCAAAGCGUCUCCUUCAACCAGAUCGUCUCGAACGCGCACGACAUGGUCAACCGGCUCAACCACGGGCGCAGCAUCGAGAGCUUCCUGCAGUCGAAGCCGCCGCUCCUCCACCACAACAACCACCACCACGACCAGCCGCCGCCGGUCCCCCGGAGACUGGCAGACAUGCACACCACCCGCGCACAGGCACGGUCAGACAAUCCGAAGUCGAGCUACACGGAGCAUCUGGACCGCAAGGCUGCGAGCAGGAUGACGAGCUUCAUGAGCGAGAACGUGAGGGCGCUGCGGAGACUCAGCCGCAUCCCGCUCGAUAUCGAUCCGGCGGCGGUGCAGCAUGCGAUGAGUGUCUAUGGUGGCUCGAGCCACGGCGGCAGUCACGAUGGUGGUGGUGGUGGUGGUGGUGGAGCGCGCAGGAUGGCAAGGCCGUUAAUACCCGCGGAAAGUGUCAGCAGUAGAGCGAGUUCGCGGGAUAGGAGUAUAAACCGGUCGGUCACUAUGGAGAGCCUGGAGACGCGGACUUCGUCUGCAAGGCCGAGUCAUGCGCGGGCGGAGAGUGUGGCGUCGAGGUUCUCGCCGGCGCAUAUGCAUGAGAGGUCGGCGUCGGUGGCGUCGGCGUCGAGGGUGCAUCGGAAGUUGUCGAUAUCGUCGGUCGGUUCGCUGGGCGGGGGUGGGGGUGGGGGUGGGGGUGGUGGUGAUCCGAUGAGUAGGGGGUUGGAGGCGUUGAAGAAGAAGUUUGUUGUGUAG